UUCCAAGAUUAAACUCUUCUUAACAAGAACUCCUUACUAUUAUUAUUAUUUACAAGAUGGCUGAAAUGUAAAACAAUAUCAUCCCCUGAGAUCAGAUAUGUCACCACACUAUUUAGUAUCAUAACAAAAUUAAGCCAUGUAUUGGGAUUGGGCUUCAUUCCAAGAGGAGAUUGAGUUUGACAGAGGCAACCAAUCAGUCCUCCAUAAGUUUCCUGCCAGUGUCGGUCGUGAAGUUGCCUGUCAUGUUGUCAAGUACAUUGCUCAGAGUCUGAGCAUAGCUUCUGGGACAGAUGAGCCUAGUAACCUUCAGGAUGAGAAAGAUGUCAAUUGGACAAUGGAGGUACUUUGUUUUGGUUUGGGUUUGCCUUUGACUGAACAUGAGGCUAUCAACAAUUGUGUAAAAGUUUAUGUGGAAUGGUUGAGCGCCCUGGUAAGUCCCAAGCCUUGCGUGCCUCGGCCAAUAAUAGAAGAUCCAAACCCAUUUGCACAGGUUAUGCUGCAUCACCUCCUCAACCUGUUCAAGCCACGACCUGAUUCUAGCACUGAUCUUGUUAAUAAGCAAGCAGUACUCUGUCACCGAGUUUUAAGAGCUAUUGAGAGUGUAGCAAAAGAAUCGGCCAUGUUGACAAGAGAAACCUGGGAAGUUUUGUUAAAAUUUCUACUGGCAGCCAAUGACAGCUUGCUGAGCCCUCCAACUGAAAAAGAUAUAAUAGGACUGAGUAAUGAUGACAUUGGAGAUCACCUGUGUGACAGAGUGCUGAGUGUUCUGUUCAUUAUCUGGGUCACCGCAUGUCACAAAAGUUUUCCCUCGCCAUCUCUCUGGAAGACGUUUCGCAACAUGUGCUUGUAUUGGCGCCACCAUGAGGCUCUGGUGACAAUGUGGCAUCGCGUGAACCAUGCCCUCACUGCUAGCAUGUUAAAGAUCAUGUAUGGGCCAGAUUUCCCAGAGAUGACCAUUUCUGAAGAGGAAGCUCAGUUGCUUCCAGCUGACAUGAGCAACGAGUCCAUCGCCCAGUGCUGGUUCAGGUUUCUGCACAUUUUACAAAAUCCGGUCGAUCUGAGCCGCCCAAGUGUCGUCAGCAACACACCCAAGUUUCUGCAGUAUGCACUGACCAGUGAAGCUGUCAUAGACCCGUCCUAUCAUCCAUGCUUAGGGAAGUUACCUGCUGUCUUCUUGAGAGCCAUGAGGGGGAUAUCUGUGAUGGUGAAUGCUUUCUUAGGUCUUCCCCAGGAACUUAAAAUGGAAACAUCUCAAAGUGAUAUGCAGGCUGGGUUGCUAGGCAGCAAGCUGGUCACAACCCCUUCCACACCCCCAGGUCAAAGAAGAGCUGCUAAAACCAUCUCAGUACUGACUGGGACUUUGGCUACAAAAGUUUCUUCCAAGACUCAUGCUUCCAAGAACAUUGUCCAGCCUCCAGUAAAUAGCACCAAUGUGGAGAAGCUUAUUCUUGAGACACGUCUGCCUUAUGCUCCAAAGAGACCCAAGUGUAACAGUAUCCUGCAUCUGUUUGAUGCCUGGCUCUUUGAUGCUUCUCUGGCAGGAGUGAAACUUCACCCUUCACAUGCUGCACCAACUAAAGAACGUAGGACAAGUUCAUUUAUUGAAUCUAAACACAGUUCCCUGUCAAUGGAUCUGAACACAGAUCCUAGUCAGACCAGGGAUGUGGCUUAUCAGGCUGGGAGGGCAGAGGCCUGUGGUGCCCUCUGUCGCAUCUUCUGUGCCCACAAAACUGGUGAAGUGAUAUUGCCAGAAUACUAUGCUCGCUUCUACCUCAUCAUGUAUUAUGGUCUACAGACAGAUGAGGCUACCAUCAGUGGUGAAGUCUUGUCCAACAUUCUCUUCAACUCUUGCUCACUGCUGCGUGUGGACCUGUCUGGAGUGCAGCUCUUGUUGCCAUACAUUCUGAAAGCCAUUGAGCUAGUCCUGAGUAAAACAGCUCCAGACUUCAAGCUGUGUGAGCAAAUUCCUUAUUCAGAACUCAGAAAGGCCUGCAUUCACUUGUUGAUCUCAAUGCUCUGUUUGCCUCUGCACUUCAAAGACUUAGAAAUUAAAGAUAUCCUAAAGAAAGAUGACGGCCAACCUCCAGUGACUUUUAUCUCCCUUAGAUCUCGCAUCACAGAGUUGAUUCGGGUGGCACUAACUAACGAAGCAGAUUCACAAAACACUCAGAUGUUAUUAGGUGGUUUGUUGUUGGUGGUUGAAGAUCUGGCUUCAAGUGAACAAGCUGACAAUCUCCCGCUGCAGCCAAACCACGACAUCAGCGACAGUGACAUUCACUCGGACGCAAAAAGUAGCCCAUUAGUGGGUUCAGGGGAAAGCUCUAGCUACCACGAGUCCAACAGGUUUCAAGAGACUUCUUUUUCAAAAAGCCCAACACCCACUAACAUAGACACAGCCUAUGGUCUCUUUGGUCUGGCUACCUCCCUAGUAUGUAACAGACUGAUGGCCACCUGGAAAACUGACCUCAAUGUUGCCCUGGCUGCUAUGGAGCUACUGUCUGGCCUGGCCAAAGUGAAAAUCAACCCAGCCAACUUGUUAAUGUGUAAGCGUACAGUCAAGUGGAUGUGUGAUCUCAUUGUCUAUCAGUGUUCCAGGCCAGCCCCUAGCCACUCCAGAGAUCUCCAUUCCAUGUUGUGUGCUGCCUUCAAGUGUCUCCAGCUGUGGCUGGUGGAGCACAGCUCACUGCUCUAUGACAGAGAAUGUCUGCACCAAGUUCUGGAAGUGGUAGAGCUGGGCAUCUCUGGGUCCAAAUCUCAGGCCCAGGCAGACACCCAGGAGUAUUAUCUCCACCAAACCUAUAGACAGACAAAGACUCAAGAAAUGCAAACAGUUAAAGUGAAAAUUGACAAGGAUUCUAAAUCUGUGUCAAUGAAGAAUCGAGCGAGUGACCCACCCAAAUAUAAAGGCAGUAAGGAGCUAAUGCCAGCGUCAAUGCGGGUAAAGGAUGCGGCAGAGGCUCUGUUGACCUGUAUCAUAGAUCAGGUGGGAGCCUUUCCUCCACCCUGUGGGCCUGAAUCCCUGUUCUCAUUACUGGAUGAGAGGUCAUUGCUCAAGUUUGCCAAAGGGAAUGCACUCCCAGAGCAAGGGUCACUGUUUAAAUAUUUUGUCAUAGAUAACUCUGUCAUUGUUGGCUUGAUGGAACAACCACUUGGGAACAUUGAAGAUCCAUUACCAACUGUAACUGCUCUGAUCCGAGGAGCAUUUGGACGCCAUGCUUGGACUAUGCAGUUGAGACAUUCACCUAGAGUUAGUAAGAUAUCAUCCAGAGCUCACUUGUCAGACCCAGGCAGACCAUUGCCUGAUGACAGUAUUGGCCAAGCCCCAAGUGUCAAGCACAGAUACUUCCCUGAGAGCGUGGAGAAGAUUCCACAAACAAAGGCAGAGAAGAGCAUUCCACCAUUGGAGUCGGUCUUGACUGAGAAACAAGCCUGUGAUGUUGAAAUCAUGAAAGGUUUAAUUGACCAGGUGGCCACAUUUGAGAAGGAGGUCAGUCAGCGGGCCAAGAUUGAGCGAGAUAAAGCUCCCUUUCCCAAUCCAGCAACAGAAUGCAAACCACCAAAGAUUUGUAACGAGUAUCAGACAGCCCGCUUGUUUCUCUCGCACUAUGGGCUUUUGUCUCUGGAAGCGUUGAAAGAGCCUUCCAAUAGCAGUGUUCCACCUGACCUAAUUAUGCUGGAUACCACCAACUCUGGCCUGUUCACUGACCUGGAGUGCCUUGACUUUAUUCCUAGCCGUGACAAUGACACUGUCCACAUUUUCUAUGUAAAACCUGGACAGACAAGUGCCGCAGAGAUUCUUAGUAAUGUGAGUUGUUAUAACAAUGUCCAGCCACAGUUUGUAGAGUUCCUCCAUUCUCUGGGCUGGCCAGUCGAUGUCAGGAAACAUGCGGGCUGGACUGGUCAUGUCGCCACCUCUUGGAAGAUUAUUGAGCCUGAUGACAUGGAUGAAGAUGAAUAUCAGACUGGAACUGGUGGCAGUUUGUAUGAUGGGCGUCAGCAGGUGUUGUAUUGGGCUGAUGUGUUGUCUGAAUUAGCUCUUGUGGUACCUUCUACAGAGACCUUCAGGAUCAGGUCAUCAAGUACUUCAGAGACAGGACCUGAAAAUAAAUCACCCCCCAUCUUCCGUGGACUUGGAUCGUACAUCAGUACUGACUCUCAGCUUUUGUCCAAGCCAACAUCACUCUUGCUGGAGGCAGAAAAAUCCCGUCUAAUUGAGAAGGACUCUCCUGGCUCGCCCCCAGAGGUUCCUGCCUCCACAGCACCCCCAGCUCAGGGAGGAGUGAAGUUUAGGAGACUUGGGCGCCAGCCAGCUUCCAUGACUGGACCUGAUACAAAAGUUUUGGUGGUUUGGUUAGAAAGUUUUGAAGAUCAUGACAACUUCCCAAUCUCUGAACUGCUGAUAGUGACCAGCACUGGGCAGGAACAAGGGGCAACAUCCAGUACGACCACUGUCCAGAGACCCCAAGAAAAGGAUAUCUAUGUCAUCUUCAUCCAUGCCUUGCAGAAUGGUUUGUUCAGGAUUCACAUGAUGGAAUAUGAGAAAACACAGACUAAAAUGUCCAUUGCUAUACCUCUUGUCGAUGGAAUGGUUGUCAGUCGCAGGACACUUGGCUCUAUGGUGAGACAGACAGCCAUCAACAUUUGUAGAAGACGAAGACUGGAGAGUGAAUACUACCAACCUCCUCAUGUGAGAAGAAAACUCAAGAUUCAAGAGAUGGUCAGUAAGUACAGAUGUAGCGUGUCUCCUGCGGAGUUCUACACAGCAUUGUUUCAGGAUAGUCCGAAAUGAUUCAUCAAGAUGAUGUCAAAAAUUAAUUUCGGGUCUAUUCAGAACAAGUGGACAUGACAUUUAGAAACUACAAAAAGGCAUGAUGACAUUCAGUCAUGUGACAGAUACUUGUAUAAAAGAUGUUAAGGCUGGAAGAAAAGAAUGGACUCAAUGCAUAUGAAAUUAAUAGUGUUGAUCACAUGUACUUGUUAUUGUGUAGAUGUCCCGGAUAUGAAACAGUUAAGAUAUCUAGUCCUCAGUCUAAACAAAUGUUCACAGUAUUCUUCACACCGUAGCAAGUGUCUGCUUUAUCAUUGAAUGUCUUACUUGACAAAGGACUGUGCAGAUAUCUUCAUCGCACAGCUGCCAUUGUUCCGUCUGUUUUGAAUCAGUUUCCCAUGGCCAGGGAGAGCUGAAGUACUAAGAGAAGUAGCCCAUACUAAUGUAUCACUAGCUUAUUUUCUAGCACUAAACUACCAGUCUACUAGCAAAACAAGUCAAAACAAGAAACACUAGAAAAUGCAGUGCCUUUAAAACUUAGUCAGACUACAUAGAGCUGAAGAGUUACUGUCCAAGUAUUUUCAAGGUAUAUUUAUUUCAUUUGUUAGGGGACCAUGCUAUUCAGAAUGUUUUAUCUUUAUGGAAUGAAAAUUAAGGUCAUUGUUUGAAUAUCAAUAGAGAAUAGCAUGCAAAGGUCGGAUCUAAUGUACUGGUCUAAGGUACUAUGAAUGUCUGGUCUAAGGUACUGAGAAGGUCAGAUCUAACAUUCUGGUCUUAGAUACUAUGAAGGUCUGGUCUAAAGUAGUUAGAAGCUCUGCAGGGACCAGACUGCUUCUUGGCCUGAAUCUUAUUCCAUCUCUAGUUGAUAGGGAGAACUUAGGUGUGGACAUUAACUUGUAUAUACAUUGUUUUGACAGCAUUACUUGUUGCAUGUUUCAGAGUGGCUACUGUAUAUAUUGAAACAAGAAAAGUACAUAAACAUAAUGAACUAUAUAAUCCUGUAAAAAAAACAUAUUUAUUUAUGUGUUAUUUUUAAAACUAUGUUAGUGACAAAAAACUCAAACAGACAAGAUCAAUAGUUGGAUGUUAAAGAGUGGCUACUAUAUAUAUUGAAACACAAAAAUUACAUAAACAUAAUUAGCUAUUAUAUGCCUGUAAAACAAACAAAAUAUGUAUUUAUGUGUUGACCUUUUCUGUUUGUGACAAAAAAAAAACUAUGAUUAAUUAAGAUCAAUUAUAAAUGUGAUUUCAAACGUCAAUUUGGCUGGUACAUGCCUGUAUAGGUUUAAUCUAUUAAAUACACAUUUUCAUUUGGUCUUAGCAGAUAUUGUAACUAUGAGAACAUUGGUUCACUUGAUGUCCAGGGAGAGCUAUGUGCCGUCUUCUUUUAACAGUGCAGGUUCAGAUCAAUCUCCGUUGUACCAAAUUAUUUUGCUCAACACAUUGAGUACUAGGAUAUUCAUGUUUGUUUUUUUUUAAUGUGUAACUCUCUCAACACAAGUUAUGUUUCUUUGAGUGUCACUUUUCAUAAAUGAACUCAAGAAUUUUUUUUUCACAAAAUCAUUUGAAGAUUAAAAGGGUUUUGUCACCUCACAGAAUCAACAUGUCACCCGUCAUAAUCUUACAAGUUCUAACUUUUCCCAUUAAUGUAUCAUUCACUUCUGCUAGUGAAUUUAUCAAAGUGAUGUCCCUUUGAUUAUGGUACACCUAUGCUUGUCACAGUUUGUUUCAUCUUUUGUAACAAAACUGAAAUGUGAACCAAGAUGUCAUUUACUUUUAAGAAGACUUCUAUACCAUCUACCUCUCUCCCCCCCCAGCCUGUAGUCUCAACGUUGGUAGUUUCACUUCAUUACAAUUUUCCCGAAGCAGGACGUUUUGGCGCCGCCGGUUUGGCACGAAGGUCGUUUUGGCGCGAGCCGUUUUGGCGACGGGACGUUUUGGCGCGAAAUACAUUAUGUACGUUUAUUGUAUUAUUUCUUUUAAAAUAAUUAUGCUUAUCUAUGUUUUACAUGAGUGUUUGUGUUAAGACAUAUUUUUCACAUACUAAAUGUAAAUGUGUGUUUGCUUUUCACAUCAUUUUCUUUAAUAAACAUUUUGGCUUGUGUGUGUGUGUUUAUUAAGAGGCACACUUUUAUUUUCAAAAAAGUUUUUUAAGAUAUUACUUUAAAAUUGAAAACAAAAUGAAACGAUGAUAGACUAAAAAUUUAUGCAAUUAUUUGUUUACAUUAACGUUGGUUUAUUUAAUGACUGUAUGGUAUCUCCAGCUAUACAUACCAAACACUUGCUAAUAAUAAGUAAAAAUAUAAUGUACUGUAAUGUACCAUGUUUCUCAAAAGACUUUAAGUUAAGUAUACAUAGAUACCAUGGUUAUUUUCCUAAGUCGCUGGAAUUCAAGGGUUCAUUUAAAAAAAGCUUCGUGCUUAUUAAAUUAUCGUCAAAUGAUAUCUCGAGCCAAAACGUCCCGUCGCCAAAACGGCGGCGCCAAAACGGCACGUACCGCAAUUUUCCAUUGAAAGGCAACAAAGUAAAUUCUGUGUUUUUAUUGUUUUUAGUUGAACUUGAUUUCUUGUUCUGUGAAUAUCACUUGACAAAAUGUGUUGGCUUGUCUUCGUCCUCUGAGAGUAUUUAGAAGCAGAAAACAAAAAUCAUUCUUUCAAGUAAAAACAUUGUCAAUCUGUGACUAGUGUAUGUGUAUUUUUGUUCUUUCUGGGUUUUUUUUUACUAUGUUUAUUUCUGUGUGAAUGUUUAAUUGGCGUGUAUAUUAUUAUUAUUAUAUUAUAUUAAUCUGUGGAACUAACUCAUGAUUACCAAUAAUGAUUUUGUAAUAAGUUUUUAAAAAAAAUGUUGUUCAUAUGUUAUUUGUCUGUUUGAGAGCACUCAACUUGCUGUUGAAAUGUUCAGUCUAUUAUUAAGUCAUCAUAUCAUUUACAAUGUAUUUGGAAUGUAUGGUAUUCUAUUUGAUAAACGUGAUCAAAGUCUGAUCAAAGUUGUAGGAGACAUUUGGUAGGGUCUUGACAUUUUUUUUUAUAUUUUUUUUUUACAAGUGCAAUAGAAUUAAUUUUAUGUUAAACUGUAAAUAUGAAUAUCACUUAAUUGUUUGGCUCCAUAAGGAGAGUUUGAAAAGUACUUAAUUGGUCUUUCUAGCAGAAGUCUAUAAACUUUUCUGUUCAAACAUUGUGUGAAGAACAAAAUCUCAAAGAAAUAAAACAAUGGGUAAUCAUUUAGUUCCAUAACAAGAUGAAAGUUCAUUUCAAGGCAACUGAUUAGGACAAUGUUGGCCAGCCUUUUUUCUAUCUUGGGGGUGCGGGGGGGGGGGUGCAUAAAGUUUCCUUGUCCGUGGAAACAAAUCUGAAAGUACAAUUAUGACAGGCCACUGCAAGUUCAUUAUGCUCUGUAUGCAGGAGUGUUGAAGGGUCAGAUAACAUGGCAUCAGGUGCCGGAAAUUGGUUGGGCAUCACUGGCGUGGGAAACUAAAAAUUUUAGCUGUUUUAGGGAGUGAGUCAUGGCUUCUCGUCACACAGUCACUCUGAUCAAAUAGUCUCUCUUUUUACUUCAAGGCUUUUUAAGAUAGAUUCUACAUUUCUUUAGACUUUAUUCUUCUGUCUGUGUUGAGAUAUUGAUACUGGUCUCUAUGUGUACAAUUUGAGAGGAAGUGAGAUGACAGUGAUGUCUGAAAUUGCUUUGCUUUCAUUUGAAAGUCUCUGAUAUUAAAAGGAUUGUGGUCUUUCAAAGUCAUCACUGACAAUAAAAAGUUUGAAACCCUCGA